AUGACUCUCUACUACACUCUCGUGUUCGUGCUGCUCAUGGCAGAGAUGGGGCUGUUCAUGCUCCUGAUCGUGCCUCUUCCCUUCACUGUCAAGCGCAAGCUGUUUACCUUCAUCUCCGAAAGUCCAAUCGUUGCAAAAGUCCAGUAUUGGAUGAAGAUCACAUUCGUCUUCAUCCUUAUCCUCUUCAUAGACAGCGUCAACCGCGUCUAUCGCGUCCAGGUCGAGCUCGCGCUUGCUACUGAGAAGCAGAACAGCGGUGGAGCCGCUGUUAUGGGUCACGAACGCCUCGAGGUGCAGGCUCGCAAGUUCUACUCCCAGCGUAACAUGUACCUCUGCGGCUUUACCCUCUUCCUCUCGUUGAUCCUGAACCGUACCUACGUCAUGAUCCUCGAGGUGAUGCGUCUUGAGGAUAAGGUGCGUAGCUACGAGGGCACCAAGGGCAACGCCAAGGAGAGCGAGAAGCUUGCCGUCGCCGGUGAGCCCGGUGAGAUUGCCAGGCUCCGCAAGGAGCUCGAACAGAAGAACCGCGACAUUGAGACGCUCAAGAAACAGAGCGCUGGCCUACACAAGAGCUACGAUGAGCUUUCGGACCAGUAUGCUAAGACGCAGCCCCAGGGCAACAAGAAGGCGCAGUAA